CGCGGGUGGGGGAGGGGCGGGGGGACCCGUUUCCAGGGGGGACCCCCCAGCACAUCCUGAUGGUUUCCUGGUUACCGCCCCCCCGCCGCCUCACCUCUCCUCUCCUCUCCCACCGCACCGGAAACAGGAAGUGGAGGAGGCCGGAAGUGGAAGCUCCACACAUAUCCCCUGAGGUGCAACGGGGAAAUGAAGCCGGCCUGAAAACGCGACCCGACGGGACGGUUCCGGGGCGGGUUGUUCCCCCCUCGGGAAAGUGGGGCCAGGCAGGGCCGGUCCUCGGUGUUCUGGGGCCCUACGCCGCACCCCCCGGCCUCUGUGGGAAGUGGGGUGACCCAGCCCCAGUCUGCUCUGCUCCCCUGGCUCCCAGGCUUGGGGGGACCCAUCCCCACCCCCAGCACUCGCCGACAGGCUGCGCCGGGUCGCUCCACUCACCAGACCCAGGCGUCCGGGUCCAGGAACCUCGAUCCGUUGGGGCCCCCCCUCGCCGCGCUCCCCUGAGAUCAGCCGGACCCCGCCCCCCUCCGACACACCCGGACCGGUCCAGGGGGCCGGGUUAGGGGCAGAGCCCCCCGCCCCCCCCUUUCUGAUCGGCCCCGCCCCCUUCCCGGACGGGCGGCAGGUCCCCUCCUCCCACCAUGUGGAGGUCGCCUGUCCUGCUCCUGCUGGGCCAGGCUUUCGUCUCCACCUUUGCCAGCCCUCCCCAAAGGCAGCAGCCCCACACACCACUCGGGGGACAAGUGUUCCUGGGUGCAGAUGCCGCACAGGGAUUCUUGGGGCGCCGACUUCUCUACAAUCACUGGGACUUCGAGCUGGUGACGCCGGGGAACCUGGAACGCGAGUGCUGGGAGGAGGUUUGCAACUACGAGGAGGCGCGGGAAGUCUUCGAGAACGACGUUGCAACAAAAGCCUUUUGGGACACUUAUCCCCACAAUGGGAAAGGCGGGAGCUCAGACAGCCCCGGGGUGGACGUGGCCGGGCUGGUGGCCGGGCUGGUGGCCGGGCUGGUUCUGAUGAUCAUGGUCGGCGUCAUUGCCAUGUAUUGGGUCAAGUACCGGUCCAAGGAGCGCAGGCAACGCAGCGUCCACGUGCCCCUGAAUCCCGAUGUGCCCCUGACCUGCCUCCCUGGCGACCCCAAGCCGCUGGGCCCCCCUGGGCUGCCCUCAUACCAGGAGGCACUGGAGGCGUCAGGUGUCCACGAUGCACCUCCCCCGCCCUAUCCCAGGGCUCCCAGCUCUUCUGCCCAGCCCCACUGAUCGGACCCACAGCCACUGGAUUGCUGCUACGUGUGUGUGUCGGGGGGCGAGUAUGCAUCCGUUGGACAUGAUGAGUGUGUGGUGAAUGUGUGAGACAGUAAGUGUGCAAAGCAUGAAGUGAAAUGGGGUGAAUGUGCAGGUGUGUGUGAGGUGAGCGUGCAAGGUGAGUGUACAUGCAUGUGGCACAUGGUGCAUGCAAAGGGGAGUGCAAGGCAGGGGGCACAUGGGACUGGAGUGAGUGUGCAAGGUUGGAGAGUUGCAUAUGAUCGGGCCGUGUAUGUAAGGCACGUGGAUGAAUGUGCCCGGUGUGUGUCUGUGUGUGAGUCUGAGACACGAGAGUGCAUGUG